ACGAAACAUGAAGACUGCUAGCUAACGAUUUCUGAGUUUUCUUUGUGUGAAGAUUACUGGCAAUAAAGGGGUAUAUAAUUGAAUUCGGGCAGUUCGUAGAAAAUAUGUAUGAAGAAGGCGUGUCUUCAGAAUAUACGGUUAUCACCCCGUCAAGAAAGGAAUGUGUGUAUACGAGCUGCUACUGUGAGGAGAAUGUUUGGAAAUUGUGUGAGUAUGUAAAGGCCCAAGACGUUUGUGCAAUGGAUGAAGUGUAUGCUGUCUUCAUAUCAAAUGAAAGAAAAACGAUUCCAAUUUGGAAACAAAAAUCUAGUAGAGAGAAUGAACCAGUUAUCUGGGAUUACCAUGUUGUGUUGUUGCACUGUACCCGGCAAGGCCAGAGCUUCAUAUAUGAUCUAGACACUGUCCUCCCCUUUCCAUGUCCUUUUGGUGUGUACUCAAAAGAAGCCUUUCAGACUGAUGUGCACUUAAGGCCAGAAUUUUGGAGGAAGUUGCGAGUCAUUCCAGCUGUCACCUACCUAAAGCAGUUUGCUUCAGAUAGGUCCCACAUGAAAUAUUCUAAUGGGGCUUGGCGCAUGCCCCCACCCGCAUAUCCUUGCGUACAAACAACAGAGUCUAAAAUGAAUCUUGAUGACUUCAUCAGCAUGGAUGCUACUGUGGGCUGUGGUGAAGUCUAUAAACUUUCUGACUUUGUGGACAGAAUGCAUCGGAAGUCAUGCUGAAAAAUAGACAUCAUCAUUUGAAGUGUACACUCCAAAUAGUUGAACAAUGUGUGAAUGUUUGUUUUUAAUUUUACUGUCAAAUCACAAAUCGCCAACAUCUCAGACACUUCUGUUUCAUGUUCCAAUAUUUACUGUCAGGCAUUUGUUUUUGUUUUGCCAGAUUUAAAAUGUUUGGAUUUAAUUUCUCUUCUAGUAAGUAAUUAUAACAUUAUCAGAUUAAAAUUGUUUCUCACUUAAAUUUACAGUGUGGUACUUAUCAAGAACAGCUCUUGUACGCAGUGUUCAUUCUGAAAUUUGUAAGAAAAUCUUAGAUGAAAAGUCACCAUGAAAUGGAGCAAAAUUGCAGACUAUUUCUCAUCUUUUUCUUUGUGUUAUAAUAAUUGCUAAUAAAAGGACAUUUAAUCCAGGCUGUGUGUAGAAAAUAUGCAUGAAGGUGUAUCUUCAGUUAUACCAUUCAGCAAAGGAAUGUGUACACAAGCUGCUAUUGGUGGGACCUGAAUGCUUUCAUUGUGGCUCACUAGCAUAGUCGUUUAAAGAGUAAUUCACAUGUUAAUUUAGAAAAUGAUUGCUAUGAAAUUGUUAACUUUGUUUAAGGAUAUAAAGCUACCUGGACCUAUUUGUCCCUUUUUGGCCUCAUACAUUUAUGUCUGUGUUAUUCACAAAAAUUAUUUGCAGGUUCUGUUUCUGAAAAAUGCACAGGUCUGCUUGUCUAGCAAAUCACCAAACCACAAAAGCUGCACCACUGCUGUGAUUCACAUUUGGAUAGUGUUCUUUAUAGGUUAUGUGCUGAUUUGGCUUUGAUGCAUUUAUACUAGACAACUUAAAUGUUUGUCUGUGACAAUUUUGUUCUGAAACUUGACACUUGUUCAUGAAGGCUAUGUUUAAAAUAUAUAACUUUUAUGUUUGUAAAUGCUAAAAUGUGAAGAAGCUAUCAGUUGUUUUCUAUGUAAUAUUCUAGAACUUGAAAGAUUCUGUGAAGACGUUUAUACAAGACCCUUAAACAUCACAUAGCCACCAUUGUACUCAAUGUGGAUUAGGUAAUCUGCAAAAUUUCAGAUCUGGUGUUUUGACUGACCCCUUGCUCAAUUUCAGUCAUUUUUUACUAUAGAUUGGUGUAUUAGUCAAAGUUUUAGUGGCCUUUGGCAAACUCCAGGGUCUCAUGUUUGUGGUUUGAGAUAUGUAUACUUUGUGCAGCACUUUAGAGCUGUGUGCCAAAUUUUGGAUUCAGAGGAGAACCUGAACAAGAAGUCAUGCUGAAAAAAGGAUGACAUUAAUUGGAGUGUAAUUUAUAAGGUACAAACUGUUUACUUGGUUCUGUUUAUUUCCCCAACUGUGAAAUAAAUAUCUGCCCUUGGUAA